ACGAGCCCUCCGUUAAGCCGUAAUGUCUUACGCUGUGCAGGCUGUGUGGUGCGGCGGUGUAACAGUCACCCCGGUUGCCUUGUGUCUUGUGUCUGUUCAACAUAUUAAAAACAAAACAAGUCAAAAUAGCUUUUUCCCAAAUGUACACGGUGACCUUCAUAAGUUAACCGAGUUUACUGUUGUUGGUUAUUUAUCCUCUCAUUGUGUACACGAGUAUCACACUGCUUCACCUUUCACUCGGUAACCCUAGUAUUGGCAUCUCUGCACACUCUCCGGAGCCAUGGCAGUGUUGCUACAGCGCCCCCUGGUGGCGGCGGCGGCCUGUUUGCUCUUGUACCACAUGGCCGGUGUCCUGGCCGUCCCGGACCCGAGGCAGAGAGAGGCCCUCAUACAGCUGGAGGCCUCCAUGCAGACAGGAGGGCAGGUGGUGCUGACUGAUGCUGAGAAGGGGCUGGACGCGCUCCUGUGUAAAAUGAAGCAGCAGGAGAUGGCGAAAGCAGACUUUCCUCCCGCCAUGCACUUCUUCAAGGCCAGGGACCUUAUCAGGACCAGUCCCAUCUUCAACCUGCUCCAGAAGAUGCCUAAAGGUGGAGCUCUCCAUGUCCAUGACUUGUCCAUGGUAGACGUGGAGUGGCUGGUGAAGAACGUGACCUAUCGUCCCCACUGCUACAUGUGCUUCACUGACAAACAGUCCAUCAGAUUCGUCUUCUCGUCCCGAUGGCCCAAAGCUCUACCACAUUGCUCUCCCUGGACCCUGCUGGAAAACCUCAGGGCCAAGAUGAUCAAUACCACGGAUCUCGACAACAGCAUCAUGGGCAACAUGACGCUCUUCACUGAUCAGGAUCCGGAAAUGGUGUACCCCAGUCAGGAUGUAGUGUGGGAUAAGUUUGAACAGGCCUUCCUUGCAUUGUGGGGCCUGGUCACUUAUGCUCCUGUGUUCAGAGACUAUUACUACCAAGGUCUCAGCGAGUUCUACGUGGACAACAUCAUGUACCUGGAACUGCGAGCUUUACUCCCAGAGAUAUACGAGUUGGACGGCAGCACUCACGACACAGCCUGGACUCUAAAGACCUACCGGGAGGUCACCAGACAGUUCACAGCAGACCACCCAGACUUCUUUGGAGCAAGGAUCAUCUUCACAAUCAAUAGGGGAGUUAAUGCAUCAGUGAUGGCCGGAGUUGUGGAGGAGGCUAUGAAGCUGCAGAGAGACUUCCCAGAUAUCAUGGCUGGUUUUGACCUGGUGGGCCGCGAGGACAAAGGGAGACCCCUGUGGUACUUCAGAGAGGCCUUGUCACUGCCAGCAGAGAGAGGGGUGACGCUUCCUUUCUUUUUCCACGCUGGAGAGACCGACCUCGAGGGCACAGAUGUGGACCAGAACUUGUUGGAUGCUCUUUUGUUCAACACUUCCCGCAUUGGCCAUGGAUUUGCUCUGCUACGCCACCCAGUGGCCAAGGAUCUAUCCAGAAAGAGAGGGGUGGCUCUGGAAGUGUGCCCUAUCUCCAACCAGGUGCUGAAGCUAGUAAGUGAUAUGCGAAACCACCCAGCAGCGGCACUGAUGUCAGAAAACCACCCACUGGUCAUUAGUUCUGAUGACCCGGCCAUGUUCGGUUCCUCUGGACUCUCUUAUGACUUCUAUGAAGCGUUUGUGGGCUUUGGUGGGAUGAGAUCCGAUUUAGGCUCCCUCAAAGAGCUGGCUACAAACUCUAUUAGGUAUAGUUCUUUGACUUCAGAGCAAAAGGAGAAAGCCCUGGUGUUUUGGCAAAGAAGAUGGGAUAAGUAUGUCUCCGAAAAUGCUUUUUAGAAAAAUACAACGUUUUUUUUUUUGUCUGUCGGACCAUUUUCAAGUGCCUUCAUGCUUAUUCGAGAAAGCUUUUAGCAAAGAAUAUUGAAUGGUAAUGCGAAAUGUAACAGUGCUCCACAGAUAAGCAGAUUUGUGGUUCGUCACAAACGGGAAAUGAAUGCUCACUGAGUGUCCUAGAACAGAGCCUUUCUUAAUGUUAUUAGUAACACCUGUGCUUUUCCUUCUACAUCAAGUCAUAUCUGCUGUGAAAAAGGCCAUUUCCACGUUGCCACAAUGUGGAGUUUGGCUGUAUACUGUAAAUAAACUGGCCAGUGUGUAACAGGCCUGAGCUACAUCACAUAAAGUAUGAAAUAGCUUCAAUCAAAGGCAUCUUGUUAUGUCUAUGGGGGAUUUUAAUGUAUUUGCACUUUAAGAUUCAGGUUUGCAAAUGUUUGUAACGGAUUGCUAACUUGUUGAGGUGCUAAAUGUUGGUAGGUUUCUUUUUCAAGUGUGUUUGUGGUUUGCUUGUGCUUUAUAAGAGUGUAAUGCGUAGCUUGUUAAAAUGGUUGUUAAAUCCUGUGCGCUUUGAAACACUUCUUGAAAGACAGUGUCAUUUUUACUUAAUUUUACUGUAUUUUUACAUGAAUGUAAUUAAUUUGAUAUUUAGCUGUUGUGGACAUAUAAAAGGGCAUAGCUGACCAUUUGCUCAUGAAGGCACAUUUGAUAUAAUCGCUGACUAAAAACUCACUAAGCAAAAAAACAAUAUUAUGUCUGUUUAAGGGUAUAUUAUUUUAAAUGAAGAACUGUCUGCAUCAUCCAGACAUAUUCAAAUGUGAAAAACUACUGAAAUAAAAAAUUGACAUCAUUAAA